GGUGGUGGUAAUUUUUGAUACCUUAAACUUCUUUAUAUACAUACCAUUGAACCAUUCAGCCAUUGACGAUAAGACGAGUAGACGACUGAAAGACUGAACGACGAAACGAAAGAAAGGGUUUUCAAGCGAGAAAUUUUAUAUGCGAAAGGAAGAAAUACUUGUUGUGUAGAUUGGACACGCGACGAAUCGUACCACGGACGACUGUACGUUAUAGAAAGAGUUUACUUUGUGGAAAUUACCACGAGUUUAAAGUUUCAAUACGAAAUAGCGAUCACGAGAGUUGGGAAUCAGGAGAUAUAUACAUACGAGGAUUGAUGAUAUCGUCGCCCCUGGAGUGAUAUUGGGUAGGAAGAAUAACACCGCUUUUUGAAUCAUCGAUCUUCUUCAAUCAAGUUACAUAUACAUCUUGACGAGUUUGAAACCUCAUCAAACAAAUCUGUGUAGCAAAAUCACACACAUCAUUCCGAGAUCAAACGAUCCAUCAAGUUCACCACAUCAUAUUACCCCAUCUUUCCCACAAGAAAAUUCACCAUGUCUCCCCACACAUCUCCAAGGGGAACCACAAGCUCGGACCCUGAAUCCUCUGAAACGGGUCUAGAAUCCAAGUUGAGAGAUCUCAUGACUUAUUCUCCAUUUACUACGGCUACUUCGUCAUCUAUUCCUGGCCUAGGUUUAGAUUCCCCGGCUUCACAGACUGCAGAUCUGGAGAGUCUUCCCAAUACCGAUACUGAGAAUUCUUCUGGAGCAUCUUCGGAUUUUGAAGAUGGUGAUAUGGAUGGAGAUAUAGAGGAAGAAAGUGAUUGGAAAUUUGAAGUCACCCCCGAGAUGACUCGUCGAUUAUCCAUCGUGCCAAGUCCGGAAAUCACAAGAAGAUUAAGUCUCGUACCCAUGUCGAUGCCUUCUCAUCUUCUCCAAGCCUCUCAAUCUCUCUCUCAAGCUCUGGAAAUGCAGGAACAAGAUGAAGAGGCCGUCGAUGAAGAAGUCGAGAAAAUCACUCUCCCCACUCUACCAAACGAACUCAAGUUGGAAAUCUUUUCCCAUCUAGACCCUAUCGAUGCCACAUGUCUCGCUCUCACUUCUCGCCAUACGUAUCUCAUCUACCGCGCCAUCCACGGCACUGCUCUCCCUCUCAACACCCGCCGCGUUGGACCCAAUGACCUCGAAUACGCAUUCACAAAAUCCACCGAGAAUAUGUGUAAGCAUUGUGGUAAAGGUCGCUGUGAACUCUGGAUGCAUAUCCGAGAGUUCAUGGAGACGGGACCUCUAGAGCGAGAAUAUUGCGGGAUGAAAGGAAAUUUUGGGGGUAAGGGAAGAGAGGGCGUCGAUGGGUGUUGGAGGGGUAAACCGAGUAAACCGCGGAGAUGCGGAAAACAUCCCGAACGCACGACGACGGUGAGGGUAGAGGAUGGAGGUGAAAAUCUGGAGAGGAUUAUUAGAGAGGCGAGGGCUGCGGUGGGGGUUUAGUCACAUUCAUUCGUGGUGCGUCUUUGCUGCUGAUGGGAUGGAGUUACGAGUUUAGAUCAGUUAGUUGGGAAACAACGAAAUACCGUGUCGAGCAGAGAAGAUGGUUAGGGUUGAACGAGCGAAAGAGAAAUUGAGAAAUAGAGUGCGCAAGUACAUAUUUGAAUGUUGGGAGAUAGAUGGGUACAUAUUCUCAGUCGACAGAUAUCUAGAUUUACACGCGAUACCCGACAUGUUGGCGAUUGUUGCAUGCUUUGUUUGCAUUGUUUGCAUGGAUAUAGGAAGAUAUGCGGGAUGGUGGGUGGGAUUUUUGCUUUUGCUUCUGGAUUGGUUGAUUGGUUGCUUGGGUGCUUACUUGGUUACAUAUGGAUGGGUAUGAUGUACAUGUAUGUAUGAUGAGUAUGUAUGUAUGAUGGAUGUUAUAAAUGAGUUAGUGAGUGGAUUGCUAGCUUGUAGAUACCAUGAAUGUGAAAGAAUUUGAAAUCA